AUGGAUCGGCCGCCAAAUGUCCCUAAAUCUCGUAUGCCGAUGUGGCUCGGUUUGGCUGUUUUAGGCGCCGGCGGUUAUUACCUGUACUCUGCCGGAGGAGACCCAAAGAAAGCAACCCAGAAGUUCGAGAGCGAUGCUUCCAGAGCACUUCAUGGCAAGCAGAAAACAGGCAGCAUGGGCGCUGAGAAGACUGCUGCACAGGCUGGCGCUAAGCUAGACGAUGCUUAUGACAGUGUACGGGAUACAGCAAGGAAGUUUGAUGAGGGAGCCGUCGAGCGGGCGAAGCAGGGUAUGGACAAGCUUGACAAGGUCUCCCAUGAGACUGCAAAGGACCUCUCUAGCAAGAUAGAGAGUUUUGACAAGUCGGUUGAGCAGAAGGCGGCCGAGGCUAAGAGCGGACUUUCAUCGUGGCUCGGUGGCAGCAAAAAAUAG